GCCGCCGCCCCAGCCGCCGCCGCCGCCGCCGCCGCCGCCGCCGUGUGGGGACCGCAGGCCCGCGGGGGUGCUGGGCUCACGGCGCGGGACCCCGCCUUCCCCAGCCCGCCGUCGACUCCCGGGGGAAGCUCCUGGGAGGGGACGGGAGAUGCUUCAGUAGGUCUCUGACACUGGGCGAAGGUGGUAGGCGGCUUUCCUGUCUGCCAAGCACUGCGAUCUGUUUCCGGCGCUCUUGAAGACUUCCUGACCAAGCUCAGAUUUCUUGCCACUAAACUUCGCCCUGAACUUUAGGGAUAGAUGGAUCUUUGAAUUUGGUGACCCUCGAAGAUCCUUUCAGUGCCGAGAUCUUCGACAUGUUCUGCUUAGCAUCGGAACACUCUCUUUAGACUUCGACAUGGCAUCCUCCAAGAAGGUUACCCUGUCAGUGCUGAGCCGGGAGCAGUCGGAAGGGGUUGGAGCCAGGGUCCGCAGAAGCAUUGGCAGACCCGAGUUAAAAAAUCUGGAUCCAUUUUUACUGUUUGAUGAAUUUAAAGGAGGUAGACCAGGCGGAUUUCCUGAUCACCCACAUCGAGGUUUUGAGACAGUAUCUUACCUCCUGGAGGGCGGCAGCAUGGCCCAUGAAGACUUCUGUGGACAUGUUGGUCAGAUGAACCCAGGAGACCUGCAGUGGAUGACCGCAGGCCGGGGCAUUCUGCACGCCGAGAUGCCUUGCUCAGAAGAGCCAGCCCAUGGCCUCCAACUGUGGGUUAAUUUGCGAAGCUCAGAGAAGAUGGUGGAGCCUCAGUACCAGGAGGUGAAGAGUAAAGAAAUCCCCAAACCCAGUAAGGAUGGUGUGACGGUUGCCGUCAUUUCUGGAGAAGCCCUGGGAAUAAAGUCUAAGAUUUAUACUCGCACACCAACCUUAUAUUUGGACUUCAAAUUGGACCAUGGAGCAAAGCAUUGCCAGCCUAUUCCUAAAGGAUGGACAAGCUUCAUUUAUACCAUAUCUGGAAAUGUGUAUAUUGGGCCUGAUGAUGCACAACAAAAAAUAGAACCUCAUCACACAGCAGUGCUGGGGGAAGGUGACAGUGUCCAGGUGGAGAACAAGGAUCCUGAGAGAAGCCACUUUGUCCUAAUUGCUGGGGAGCCAUUAAGAGAACCAGUUGUCCAACAUGGUCCAUUUGUGAUGAACACCAAUGAAGAGAUUUCUCAGGCCAUUCUUGAUUUCAGAAAUGCGAAAAAUGGGUUUGAAAGAGCCCAAACCUGGAAAUCAAAGAUUGGAAACUAGUGAAGAGCACCAGACCAGGUCUCCGUGCUUUCUAGAAUUUUGCCAGGCAUCCAUCCAUUCAGCACAUUGAGUUUCCAAAGCUGACUGAGCUGAUGCUUCUAAAGUGAUAACACGGUUUUUAUAGCAAUGCACACGAGAUAUUUCCUGGUCCAUGCAAAUAAACCUAAUUGUUGCUUCUU